GUGAUCUGUUCCCGCCGGGCAGUCGCAGGCACGUGAUGCACAUCGGCGCGCGCUCUGGGCCGGUACGUCACGUGAGCUGAGGAGGGUGACGUAGGCGAGCGGCGCUGAAGAUGGCGGAGUACCUGGCGUCGAUAUUCGGUACCGAGAAGGACAAGGUCAACUGUUCAUUUUAUUUUAAAAUUGGAGCCUGUCGUCAUGGAGACAGAUGUUCUCGUUUGCACAACAAGCCCACAUUCAGUCAGACCAUUGCGCUCUUGAACUUAUACCGUAACCCUCAAAACUGUACCCAGACAGCAGACGGUUUCCACUGUGCUGUUGGUGAUGUUGAAAUGCAGGAACAUUAUGAUGAGUUCUUUGAGGAGGUCUUCACAGAAAUGGAGGAAAAGUAUGGUGAAAUUGAAGAGAUGAAUGUGUGUGACAAUCUGGGUGAUCACCUGGUUGGAAAUGUCUAUGUAAAGUUUCGCCAUGAAGAAGAUGCAGAAAAGGCAGUGAAUGAUCUAAACAACCGCUGGUUUAAUGGACAGCCUAUCCAUGCAGAGCUCUCACCCGUGACUGAUUUCAGAGAAGCCUGUUGCAGACAGUACGAAAUGGGGGAAUGCACCCGGGGGGGCUUCUGUAACUUCAUGCACCUGAAACCGAUUUCACGGGAGUUACGCCGUGAGCUUUAUGGACGCCGUCGCAAGAGCCAGCAGCACGGUAGCCGUGUGACCUCGUCUGGGGACAAACGGCUGCUAACCAUCACCCCAAAGCACUUAAUGGCUGCCAUCAGACACAGAUCAAGAUCAAGAUCUCGUGAGCGCAAGCGCUCCAGGUCACGUGAGCGUGGAGGCCGCGGUGGCCGGGAUCGAGACCGUGAUCGUAGGCGUUCCAAGGAUCGUGAACGAUCUGGGAGGUUCUGAGCAUCUGACAACAGUGUGCAUGACAGCUCUUAUAGAAGGACCACAAACCAAGAUGUGAUUGGAAUUUAAUACUUUUUAUGUUCAAGUUUAACAUAAACCUCAGUUUGUUUCUUUUUGAUGUCCAAUAAACCUUUUUAAAAUAAAGACAGAGCUGAUGCUAGCUGAUUUGCAAUACCAGUUCAGCUUCUUGCUAAUAAUCUGGUUUUAUGUCUGAAUGGAUAUCUAAUCCCUCCUGUCUUGUUCUCCCUCCUCAAACUCACCUGCUGUCAUUUCUUCCCCCUCCCCUCCAGCCAUCUUGUCUCUCUGCUUUUGCUGUCUCUCUUUCCUCCUUUCUUUCUCUCUCUUCUCUUUCCCUCCCUUGUUUCUCUCCCUCAUUUUUCAUUUCCUUUCUUUCUCUCCCUCCCUCCCUCUCCCCGUCCACUCCCAUGCACCUUACAAUUAACUGAUUGCCUGAACAGGUUCAGGAGAAAGUUUCCCAUUUUCUUUGGCCUUGCACAUAAAGGUCAUCCUGUCAUCCUGCAGAAUGGUGGGACCUGAUUUGGAAGGUGUGUUACUAAUACAUCCUGACACCAAUCCUCUAAUUUUGCUACCUGUACCAUUUCCGUAAUUAGAUGAUGCAAAAAGUAUCCAUGCAGGUAAUGUCCUGGCAACACACACAAAACGCUGCAGAAACUCGGGACGUAAGGCAGCAUCUGCGGAGGGAAUCAACAGUCGACGUUUUGGGCCAAGACCCUUCAACAUGCCUUCCUUGAGAUGCUUGAAUUGAUACUUGACACUUUGUUGAAGCAAUAUGUCAGAAUUGGAGCUUGAAGUCCAAAGCUGUUUGGAUCUGGGGUUUGGCAGCCUACUCACUAUAUCCCUCUGUAUUUGUGUGCACACAUGCAACCCCCAGUAUCUUGGAGUCUCAUUAACUGGCAAUUGAUAUACUAACAUUUUAAAUGGAUGUUGUACAGAAAGUAACACGAACAAUAUGGGUGGGGGGGGGGGGGGGAACUUACAUGAUCCCACCAAAUACUGGAUGUGCUGAUGUUAACAAUGAGUUACUGUGCAGAAGUCUUGGGAUCUAUGUUUCCAGGAUUGAUAAAUGAGUGUGGACUUCUUGUGGGGGAAUUUGAGGUUUAUGUUGCACAUUUCUGGAUUCUGGUUACUUUUGUUUUUGAGCAGUUUGAUCGGGGCAAUGGAUGUGGACUGGGGUGCUUCGGCAUAGAAUACCCUACAUUGAUUAACAGCACAGUGCUGAACUGAAUACUACUGGUUUGAUGUUUGAUAUUUGUGUUCCCUUGCUGUUUGCGCAAUUUGUUCCUUUCAUGUUGGUGUUUGAUGUUUUCUUUAUGGGCUCCACGGUGUUUCUUUGUUUCAUGGCUGCCUGCGGGAGGACGAAUUUCAGCGUUGUAUUCUGCAUACAUACUUUGACAAUAAAUAUACUUUGACGUUGACUUCA